UGAAAUUUCCGCCAUCUUGGUUCGUGAAGUUGGCUUCCGUUCUUUUAGGUGGAUAUUUCUCCUACUUUCCUUGGAUUGUUUUAGUGGAAUCAAGGAGCACUUUAUCAAAGAAAGAUGAGUGGAAGACAGCCUGCUUGUGUUAUUGAUAAUGGCACCGGGUAUACUAAAAUGGGCUUUGCUGGCAACACAGAGCCUCAGUAUAUUAUACCAACAGCUAUUGCAAUAAAAGAAUCUGCAAAAAUUGGUGACAAAAGUCAAAGAAGAUCAGGGAAAGGAGUAGAAGAUCUUGAUUUUUAUAUUGGGGAUGAAGCAAUAGACCAACCAAAUUAUGCAACCAAGUGGCCAAUUAGACAUGCUAUCGUUGAAGAUUGGGAUUUAAUGGAGCGGUUCUGGGAACAUUGUAUAUUCAAGUACCUUAGAGCUGAACCCGAGGAUCAUUAUUUUCUGUUGACUGAACCACCAUUGAACACACCAGAAAACAGGGAAUAUACUGCAGAGAUCAUGUUUGAGUCUUUCAAUGUCCCUGGUUUGUAUAUAGCUGUUCAGGCUGUGCUUGCCUUAGCUGCAUCGUGGACAUCACGUCAAGUAGGAGAGAGGACACUGACUGGUUGUGUCAUUGAUUCUGGUGAUGGUGUCACUCAUGUCAUCCCUGUGGCUGAGGGUUAUGUUAUUGGAAGCUGCAUCAAACACAUCCCUAUUGCUGGAAGGGACAUUACAUUCUUUGUCCAACAACUCCUCAGGGAAAGAGAGAUUGGUAUUCCUCCAGAACAGUCAAUGGAAACCGCUAAAGCUAUCAAGGAACGCUGGGGCUAUAUCUGUCCUGAUAUAGCAAAAGAGUUUGCUAAAUAUGAACAAGAACCAGCUAAAUGGAUCAAAAAGUUUGAAAGUAUCAACUCUGUAACAAAAAAGCCUUACAGUGUUGAUGUUGGUUAUGAACGUUUCCUUGGACCAGAGAUUUUCUUCCAUCCGGAGUUUUCCAAUCCUGACUUCACAACUCCCUUAUCUGAAGUAGUGGACAAUGUGAUUCAGAACUGCCCCAUUGAUGUCCGAAGACCAUUGUACAAGAAUAUCGUACUGUCUGGUGGAUCAACGAUGUUCCGUGAUUUUGGUCGCCGACUUCAAAGAGACAUAAAGAGAACUGUUGAUGCCAGGCUGAAGAUUAGCGAGACUUUGAGUGCAGGAAGAAUAAAGCCAAAACCAAUUGAGACUCAAGUCAUCUCUCACCACAUGCAGCGUUAUGCAGUUUGGUUUGGUGGUAGUAUGCUCGCAUCAACGCCUGAGUUCUACUCUGUAUGCCACACCAAAGCAGACUAUGAUGAACACGGACCAAGCAUCUGCCGUCAUAACCCAGUAUUUGGUGUCAUGUCUUAAAUCACCCACCAACAUAGAUACAUAGAUUCAUCUUUCUAUUACCUAUACUAAUUCUAGCCACGAUUACCUGUUUUCAAUUCAAACAUCACCAUAAAAAAAGAACAACAAAUAGGUAAAGGUAUAAGCAAUAUUUUUCUUUUUAAGUUUUCUUUUCUUUUCAAAUACUGCAGUAGUUAGUUCUCUUACAUCGUAUGAUGAAGUGUUGUAUAAAACUGCUGUGUAUUUGGACAGUACAAUCAGGUAAUCAAAGCCAAAAUGUAAAAUGUAGAACAAAUUUAAAUGUAUUUUUUUCGCAGACAUGUUUAAGCUAACGCAAAUUAGAUAGAACGAAAUUUUAUUGCAACUUUGUUGAUUUCAUUGAAAUUCGUCUAUCUUGUAUGUGACUGACAGGAAAUCUGGGAUAGAGUACAGAUUGGCUUCAAAAAAUCUGAAAAUUUAACAAAAUUUGUUUUGAAAUAUAUAACUUGAAUUUUGCCCUCAUAGCCUCGCUUUGAAGUUUUCAAAAGCAGGGGCGAAGGGUUUUUAUCCUUAUAAGAAUAAUGAUAAUGCAAAGUCACCACAGGAAGCCCAAUAGUCGGGUAUCCCAGAGGGACUCCACAGGAACCCCAGUAUGAGAUAGACGAACUUUAAUAUUGUAUAGAGCUUUGGAAUUCUCUCUAAAUCUGAACAAAAGGUUAGCUCAGAGGAUUUUUAAUGGCCCUUUUGUUCUUUAUCUAUUUGAUACUUUGUUUAAAGCGCAUCAAGUAGAAUUCUCAAUACAUGUAUGACUGAAGAAUUUUAUAUUUUUGUCUAAAUAAAUUUGCAUUGAUCGUU